GAGUCAAGGUCCGUGCUGCACUCAGGAUUGCGUUCUAAAGAUCGGGGACAAGUGCCGGGAUGACAACGGAUGCCGGAGCGCCAGCUAUUGCGAUGGUGAAGGACCACAAUGCCCGUCUUCGACAAGCAAACCUAACAAGACCAUCUGUAACGAGGAGUUUGUCUGCUACAUGGGGGAGUGCACAGGCUCCAUCUGCAUCGCGUACGGCCUGCAGUCGUGCCAGUGCAAGCGCAGGCCGCACGACCCCGUGACCAAGGCCUGCGAGUUGUGCUGCCGCCUGCCCGGAGAUGAUUCCACCUGCAAGUCUUCUUUCGAGUGGAACCACCCGCCCUACGACGUUCCGAACCUAUUCGCAAAGCCGGGCACGCCGUGCGACAAUUACAACGGAUACUGUGAUGUAUUCCAAAAGUGCCGCGAGGUGGACCCUUCGGGGCCCCUCGCCACCCUACGCAAGCUUCUGCUGUCGACGGAAACCAUAAUUUCUCUCAGGCGCUGGAUAUUCGACAACUGGUGGGGAGUGCUCCUUUUGGGUCUCUCCGUGCUCGUCUUUCUGUGCGUAGUGGUCAAGUUCUUCGGGCGGAAGACGGACCCAGUGAAGAGCGUGGCGGGCAGCGGCUCAGGUGCCAACACCGUUCCCGUCGCCUGCAACCCCGUGGUGCAGCCCGUAGUUGCCGCCAGCGGCGGUGGCGGCCCGUUCCGCUCGAGCCAGGCUGCGACCAAGGCGGUCAUGGCUUCUAACACGCCGGGCAUCGUGUCGACGGCGUUGGGCGCCCACUCGGCUCCCGCGACGGCCACCACGAGCAACUUCGUGAAGACGACGCUGUCGCUGCACCCUCAUCCCGCCGCCCGCUCCUACCUGAGCCACGCCGGCAACGGCUGGGUCUGACCAUCGAGCCGCCUCAGCGUAAGGGGCACCGCGACCAGCAGCUACAGGCACCACCACCCUUGCUGCGACCCUGCUUGCUACACGGUGUACGGACUGCCGCAGUCGACGCUUCGCAGGCCCGUCACAGCCGUGCCGGCGGCCGCGACCACAGCGGUGCCGGCCGCGUGUCUGACGGCGACCGCACCGACUACUAGUGCCAGUGCCGCCGCAGCUCCCGCCGUGGUGCCUUUAUUUCAGGAGCCCUACGCGUACGGGUCGGACGCUUACUGGUGAAGCUGGCGUCUGCUGGGGGAAAGGGUCGCUACUACUCGGGGAUCACUUGCCUUCGAAGAAGGGUCAUAGAGUUGGGCCGGUUCCGUACAAGCAAAACGAAGAAGCAAUACAUUAGAAAUUAAGAGGCGACGACGCACACGAGUUCGGAAUACCAUUCAAUGAAGCCAUAGCGACAGGGACCAAAGAAGAGGACAGGAUGUGCGCACAUCCUGCCCUCCUCCUUGGUCCCUGUGUUUUCGGCGCUACGGCUUCAUUGAAUGUACCGAACCAACUAGCCCAAAAGUCUGUUAUUUCGGAUUACCAAACGCUGUAAAGUUGCAUUUAUGUGAACAUCGUAAAGUACAAGAGGUCAGGACAUGCUCGUUAGACCUGCUGUUGCCCGUACCUAUGGUGCUUUCCAAUUUGAAUAAUCGUUACGGUUGCUAGUCAUUGCUAAUGCGUGUCGUCUCGUCGUACCCUGUUGUAAUGCGCUGUUACUUCUUCCGAGCAAUCGAUAGGGCAUGCUUACAAAAGCGGUGGAACUGCUAUCUAAAUUGUCGCAAUCGCUUGGCACACAGUAGUUGCAAUCAUGCGUCGAAGAGGUCCUUACUAUGUCUCCGGUAAAGCUAACCUACCUACCCGUGUAGGUCCUGACUAACCGUAUAUCAAGCGGUUUCAUCAGGGACACAAAGGGCGAUGACAAAAAAAAAUAAAGAAAAACGGCGAGCUUGUUGUGACAUCUAGUGGCAGCUUUAUGCGGGGUUUUAAGGGCCAAAUCAAUCUACAGUGGGUAAAAAAGGACACAAGACCUCAAUAGAGGCUACUUUCCCGAGCCGCAGCUAUUUCGUGUACGUCGCUACGCACAGAGUCUUCGCUUCGGCAACUUUCGGUAUGAUAAAUUUAUUGUAGCAGCACCGCUGCUGCUAUCGUAGCUGUUUUGACUGGUGCGAUCGUUCUCGCGCGGAGCGUGCCUCAAAUUCGGGUGCCUUAUGAUUCACACAUGACUCCGACCUGCAUGUAACGUCGUGAUGUCAUUUGUCAAGGAAUUGCGGAACUUUCGUCUCCAUAUUUUUUCCCGAAACACAGUAGAUUAUCGCUUCGUCUUACUCGUUUCUCGCUUAGAUCAUUCUGUGUUGAGCUCUCCCGUGGCCAUUCAUAAGCUGAAUUUGUAACACUACUGCGGCCUUAACGGUUGAUCUCAGGACGACACAGUUUACAAAGAAUGUGUAAAACCGAGCUGUCACAGCAGUAGUUUCCGGAGAAAUGAGGGCGUAGAGUCCAAGACGCUCUUGUAGACAAUGCCACGCGAAAAACAAAAACAAAUAUCAGCGAGCUGUACGAGCGACACUCUGUCGCAGACACGGUAAUCGUUACUUUUCUACGAUGUCAUGUUUUCAGAGCGUAACUCAAGGAAGUACACAAGAACGAAGACUAUUGUCCGGGAUUGAUAGUUACUAUGACAUACAGUCCCCCUACACCUAUGCAUCCACAUCACGGACAGCUGGUAAUGACUAAGCUAAAAACUGUUUUCAUGAAUGCUGAUUCCUCAGUAGUAUGGCAAAUGGUUGACAGCGGCUAUACGGUCUUCUGAGAUCAGUCGCUUGAACUUAAUUUUAGUGCGAAGUUGCAUUCGCUGAUCAUGUGCAGUACAAUACACCGUUACGUAAGCUGUUAAUAUACCUCGACGUGCGACGCCAUACGAGAAAAAAAUUUCACGUGUUUCGAAUUGUCAGUCUACAUUCGGUGAAGAGCCGUUACGAAGUCUCUGUGCGAGAUUGGCUGCCGCGCAUAGCUGCGACUACAGCGAACUUUGACGAUGCGACAAUGCCCAGAAGUGUCCCCGAGCAAGUGAAAACCCGAGGAGCCUGCACUUUCUCCUGGCAGACGGUGGCGGGUAGAUCGCCAGAAGCAAGGUUGGCUUUGGGCACAGUGCGCUCACCAGUGGCUUUUAACCCAUCGGCCAAACUGAACGCUCUUUGCAGGGUGGUGCGUGGUUGAAGUCAGUCGCCGAACAGCUGUUCUCUUUCUGGCAUGGUCGUGGUGCUGAAACGUAGCGUCGCUUAUCUGGAAUCGUGUGUGAUAGGCCGCAUGUAUAUUGAUGCCCAUCUGCAUGUUCAAUGAGAAAGCCGCCCCUUGCGUUGAGGACGGCUCUGGAGAAGAUGAAGAAGAAAAAGAUGUAUUGUCCCCCGGGAACGUGCAACAUGAUGGACGCUCAACACAUGCUGUGGUACGCGAGCGCGUGGACUGUUUGUGAACAUAGCUAUUUUCCCCUUUUUUUCAAGGCCACACGAACUCUUUCCGAGCGGAAGUAUAUAUAUAUAUCGUAUAACACCGAGCUGUUUUAAUGGAGGCUUGAACCUGAAAAUCGCCCUGUUUGUAAGCAUUGUUUUUUUCGGCACGCGCACACGUUUGGCAAGCCGUGGUCAGGACCGCUCGAACCAAGCGACUCCGGCAAUACGCAGUGUACUCGUUUAUGGCGAAGAUCUAAAACGCUGCGCGUCCCUUAACUACUUAUUAUCACAGCGCGGAUUGUGCAUUACUGAACACUGUCGGAGUUACUGCGACAGUAAAGGAACCAAUCGGGGGUAAAUACAGCCCGUAGUAUUAAAACACAGGUUAAAGAGAAGCAUAAUAAUAAAAUUCAUGUUGAGGGAGGGUAGCAAUAAUGUACAUUGCGUAAAGUGAAUGUAAAGCGUUGAAAUCGCAAUCAGAGGAUUAAAAAAAUUUCAAUCAGAGGAUUCGGCUACUCACUUCGCGCUCUGCUAUGCUCAAUUAUACAUUUGGUUCUGGCGAUCGCGACCACUUUGCCGAGUGCACACGCGAUUGCCAUUGAAGUGCUACUCUCAGUCAUCGCCGCAGAAGAACAAAAAAAAAAAAGAGCUUUGCGCAUGCGUUCUCAAGACGCAGGCUUUACCGCUAACUACCCACGUCUCGCCUGCAUGAGAGAAUGAAAGAAAGAAAAUUUAAAAAGCGAAGCCACAAGCUUCGUGGUUGUCUCGCGAUGACGACACAUUUCUUUGCGAACAAAAAAGACAAAAAAAACACACGGUCCAUGUAAAAAAAAUAAUAACAUGAAUCGAAGCCUUUCCCGCUGUCUGGACAUUCGUCAUAGAGCUUACGUGCACUCACUGUCAACUGCCAACCGCGGCUCAUUUUCGUGAAUGUGAAGUCUGUACGCACAACUACGGACAUCCGAUAAACAAAAAUACUAUUGCUUGUUACACCA